GAGUUAAAUUAACAAAGAAAGAACAAAAAAAAUCAAUCACAAUAAAAAGAGCUUUAUUGGUUAAUAGUUUUUAUAAUUAAAAAUAUCACUAUUCAAAAUAAAUAAACUAUUUUUACCGAAGAUCAAGUUCCAAAUUUGAGAGAUUAAUGCAACUUACUAAAGCAAAGCCUAAGCUUGAUGCACCCAUUGCACCAAUUUUAUUAUUACUUUUUAAAAAUUGAAGAAAAAAUGUAUCAUUAAAUAGUUAAUUUGAAGGAAAAAAUGUAGAAAAAAUAUGAAUUAAUAAGAUUAAUUAAUUAAUAAUAAAAGUAAAAGUCGAUAAUAAAAUGA